UGCAGGCAAAGAUUGGUUUGUUUUGUUGCAAAUGGGAUUGAAUAUUGUGCAGUCCUGAGCAAACAUCCAAUUUGUGAUUUAGUUCUGACUUUAGAGGAAGUAAGGUCGUUUAUGAUCAUUUCAAACUGGUUUUACUUGAUACCAGGACCUGAUGAAAUCGUACGUCGAUAUCAUGGUGCUGGAUUGAUAUAUCUGUAAAUCUCUUAAGGAGGCUUCGAUCCUGACAGAGGGCAGUUUGAAUAUUCUCUCCGUGAUCCCGAGAGUUUCCCCAGAGGCUUAUAUGUCCUUCCACAUCCUAGCUGGCUAUCGUAAAUUAUCCACAAUGUAGCUGGCUGGCUGAAGAAUUGAGGAAUCUAUAUUGGGCGGUGUAUAUUGGAAUGAUUGGCAGCUGUGAAAGAGUAUAUUGUAGUUUAUAGGGAUCUUUCUGUAAGUGCACGGUUCUGAGUGCACGGUCUGUGUUCAUGACACACCGAACCUGCAGAAUGAAAAGAAUCAAGUCACCCAGCAACAAGUGAUCUCAUGUAUAUCUUUAUUUCCUAUUGGAUAACACACGUCAAUCUGUCCAAUCCGUGAGAGGCUCACAGUGUGAAUGAAAGCGGAAGCACAGAAUGUACAAAUCGCAACGGAGUGUCGAUCCAAAACGGACCUUUACUGACGGAGCCUCUUUAAUCAAAGAUCCAGUGCAGAAGUGGAAAAAUCACACAAGGAAAGACAAAGAGGCUCCCCAAGUAUCAUUUAAAGCCCUGUAGUCUCUGGAUCGUUAUACAGACCAGCCAACAAGGGACAGAGAUCAGGAAUGGGAGGGUCAAGCUCCAGUCAACAGGUGGCAGAGACUGAGACCUCCUCAUACUUCACACAGGAAGAACUGAACAAACUAAAGUCUGAUUUUGAAGCAGGUGGGGUGGAAAAAGUUAAACCACUGAUAGAAAAGAAGGUAACUGAUCUGGAUAACACAGAGCUUAACAUCGCAGUGACGGGAGAGUCAGGUACAGGAAAAUCCACCUUCAUCAAUGCCAUGAGAGGACUUCGGAGCAUUGAUCCGGGAGCAGCUAAAGUUGGGACCACAGAAACAACAAUGGAGCCAACCGGGUACUCACAUCCCACUCUGCCCAAUGUUCGUUAUUGGGACCUGCCAGGGAUCGGAACUACACAAUUUCCAGCAGCUAAAUAUCUCACAGAAAUGAAAUUCAAAAGAUUUGAUUUCUUUAUCAUAAUCUCCGCUCUUCGAUUCAAAGAAAUUGAUGUAAAACUUGCCAAAGAGAUUAAACGGCUAGGGAAACAAUUCUAUUUUGUCCGUUCUAAGAUUGAUGCUGAUCUUUAUUCCAUGAGGAAAGAUAAGGUGUUUAUUGAUGAAGAAGAAGAGCUGGAAAAGAUUCGGAGUGACACUGUCAGGAGGUUGGCAGAGGCAGGGUUUCCAGAUCCAACUGUGUUCCUGAUAUCCAGUUUCGAGCCGAAAAAUUUUGAUUUCAUUCGGUUAAAUGAAAGACUCAAAGAGUUGCCGGAGCAGCGCGCCGGUGAUCUCCAGCAGCGCUGCACUCCUGGUCUGGAUGAUGCUUCUCUUCGAGGACUGGUCAACAGAGCAAGAAAACCUGUGGAAGAGCUAAAGGCAGCAGUAAAAGCUCCACUACUGGGGGAAAUAACCACAUAUGCAAUUAUGAGUGAACAGGUGGCAGAGACUGAGACCCCCUCAUCCUUCACACAGGAAGAACUGAGCAAACAAAAGUCUGACUUUGAAACAGGUGGGGUGGAAGAAGUUAAACCACUGAUAGAGAAGAAAGUAACUGAUCUGGACAAGACAGAGCUUAACAUUGCAGUGACGGGAGAAUCAGGUGCAGGAAAAUCCUCCUUCAUCAAUGCCAUGAGAGGACUUCGGAGCGAUGAUCCGGGAGCAGCUAAAGUUGGGACCACAGAAACAACAAUGGAGCUAACCGGAUACUCACAUCCAACUCUGCCCAAUGUUUGCUAUUGGGACCUGCCAGGGAUGGGAACUACACUAUUUCCAGCAGCUACAUAUCUCACAAAAAUGAAUUUCGAAAGAUUUGAUUUCUUUAUCAUAAUCUCCGCUGUUCGAUUCAGAGAAAAUGAUGUAAAACUUGCCAAAGAGAUUAAACGGCUGGGGAAGCAAUUCCAUUUUGUCCGCUCUAAGAUUGAUGCUGAUCUUUAUUCCAUGAGGAAAGAUAAGGUGUUUAUUGAUGAAGAAGAAGAACUGGAAAAGAUUCGGAGUGACACUGUCAGGAGGUUGGCAGAGGCAGGGUUUCCAGAUCCAACUGUGUUCCUGAUAUCCAGUUUCGAGCCGAAAAAUUUUGAUUUCAUUCGGUUAAAUGAAAGACUCAAAGAGUUGCCGGAGCGGCGCGCCGGUGAUCUCCAGCAGCGCUGCACUCCUGGUCUGGAUGAUGCUUAUCUUCGAGGACUGGUCAACAGAGCAAGAAAACCUGUGGAAGAGCUAAAGGCAGCAGUAAAAGCUCCACUACUGGGGGAAAUAACCACAGAUGCAAUUAUGAGUGAACAGGUGGCAGAGACUGAGACCCCCUCAUUCUUCACACAGGAAGAAUUGAACAAACUGAAGUCUGAUUUUGAAACAGGUGGGGUGGAAAAAGUUAAAUCACUGAUAGAGAAGAAAGUAACUGAACUGGACAAAACAGAGCUUAACAUCGCCGUGACAGGAGAAACAGGUACAGGAAAAUCUACCUUCAUCAAUGCCAUGAGAGGACUUCGGAGCACUGAUCUGGGAGCAGCUGAAGUUGGGAACACAGAAACAACAAAGGAGCCAACCGGGUACUCACAUCCCACUCUGCCCAAUGUUCGCUAUUGGGACCUGCCAGGUAUUGGAUCUACACAAUUUCCAGCAGCUAAAUAUCUCACAGAAAUGAAAUUCAAAAGAUUUGAUUUCUUUAUCAUAAUCUCCUCUGUUCGAUUCAAAGAAAAUGAUGUAAAACUUGCCCAGGAGAUUAAACGGCUAGGGAAACAAUUCUGUUUUGUCCGCUCUAAGAUUGAUGCUGAUCUUUAUUCUAUGAGGAAAAAGAAGUUUACUAAUGAAGGACAAGAGCUGGAAAAGAUGCGGAGUGACACUGUCAGGAGGUUGGCAGAGGCAGGGAUUCCAGAUCCAUCUGUGUUCCUGAUAUCCAGUUUAGAGCCAGAUCGUUUUGAUUUCAUGCGGUUAAAUGAAGGACUGGAAGGUGAUCUAAAUAAUGUAAAGAAAAGGAUCUUUAUCCUUGCCCUUCCAAAUCUAAGUGUGGAAAUAGUUCAGAGGAAAUACGAGAUUCUGAAAAAACAUAUCUGGAUGUUUGCAACACUCUCUGGGGUACUGGGAGCGGUCCCAGUUCCCGGCUUCUCUCUCGCUUGUGAUACCGGAAUUUUGAUUGGAGCCAUUGUCCACUUCCGGAAGUGCCUGGGGCUGGAUGAUGCUUCUCUUCAAAGACUGGCCAACAGAGCAGGAAAACCUGUGGAAGAGCUGAAGGCGACAGUAAAAGGUCCACUACUGGGGGAAAUAACCGCAGGUGCAAUUAUGAGGUUAGGUUGGGGUGCUGUUGCUGUUACCGUUUCAGCCCUGGAAUUUACUCUCGACUUUGUCCCUGUCAUUGGCUCCAUUUUUGGAGCAGGCUCAUCAUUUCUCAUGACUUAUAAGAUACUGAGUGUUGCACUGAAGGAUCUUACAGAGAAUGCAAAGAAGGUAGUGAAAGUUGCCUUUGAAACUGAUUAGCUGGUCUGGAAAGGUAUCGACCCAGUGAAUUUAUAUCACACCAUGCUUAAUAAUUUGAUGACAUCACAUCAAGCAAAAAAUCCUGCUUUAAUUCUACUUAACAAUGUUCACUUCUACUGCAUGGGUUCCUGGAAAUACUUCUGAUUCAAUACCUGGUGGUGGUGGGGGCGGGGGAAGGAUUUCCAAUCUGCAGUUUUGUGGAAAACCAGUGCAAGAUUAACAGAGUGCUGCUCCAUGAAUUAAAUGUUAAAAUUAAACUAUAUCUGCCUUCAGAGGUGUACAUAAAGGAUGUACCCGAUAAAUGUUCUUUUUCAAUAUUUUUAUUAAUUUCUACAUAAAGAAUACAGAGUACAAGUAUAUAUUAUGUCAAAAAAAGAUAAAAUAAUACCGAUAAAUAUUAGAAUCACACUUGCAACCCCAUUACUCUAUAUUCAUGUAAAUUUAAUUAAAUCAUAAUAUUGAAAUAUGAUAAUUUUAUUAUUAUAUGGAAAAGAAAUCUAAACUCACUAGCAAGAUCGAAGCUGCUUGGUAAAGAAAGAAGGAAAAGAAAUCCUUAUCAUAUAGUGAAAUAUGUUACUAACCAACAUAUGUUCUUUAACAACAAAUUAAAGAUUUUGAAAAUAGUUCAAAAAUGGUUCCCACCUUGUGUGAAAUUGUUGGCUAGGUUCAGAAAUUGAACAACGGAUCUUUUCUAAAUUUAUACAUGAUAUAACAUCACAUAACCAUUGAGCGUGAGUAGGCGGAUGACUACCUUCCAUUUAAGCAAGAGCGUCCUCCUAGCUAUAAGAGAAAUAAGAGCCAAAAUGUGCAAAUCAGAUGUCUCCAGAAUAAUAUCUUUUUUCUCCAACAACACUGAAUAAAGCAGUCAAAGGGUUAGGCUUAAAAUUAAUUUGAAAAGUACAGAGAAAGUUUGAAAUACUUCGUUCCAGUAUUUCCCGAGACUCGGACAAGUCCAAAACAUAUGAAUUAAUGAAGCUUCUCCAUUAUUACAUCUAUCACAAA